AUGUCUAAGCCUGAAGACGAAAGCCAUGAGGAUGGUUGGCAGAUGAAAGGCGUCAGUGCCACUAUGGCGACAGUAACCACGUUAACAUGUAUGCCAAGCAACACGGAAGACGACAAAGAAGUCAGCAACGCACAUACCCCAAAAGUGUCAAAAAAGACAGCCCAUGCUCCUCUCGGAGCAAAUGGUAAGGAAAAAGUAGCAAGCGAAACGGACCUCAAAUUAGAUGCUGUAAAAGUAGAGUUUCUCCAAAAGGUACACAAAAAGUCAUUUGAUUACAUCUGUACCAGUAACAACGUAGUUAUUGUGGUAGAAGCAGAGCCGUCAUCAUGUAAGGUCAUAUUUCGGGAAAACGCUCCAGGAAAGGGUGACGUAGGAGAGGCCAGUCAGCAGUUCUUGGAACUGUACCAGCGCAUCUCGGACGAACUAUCUAAAAACAACAUCCUCAACGUACUGGAAGAGCUCCCAGAAUGCACAAUCCAGUGUCUAAAAGACGCUCUCUGCCAUGCCGAAUCAAACGAACGUGUCCUCGUCAAGAACUGCCUUAGCGACGAUUUCAAAAUAGUGUUCUAUGGAUCUGAACAGGACGUUGAACAAGCUAUCGCGACGUUUGUCAGAAGAUCACGACAGCAAACUACUGGACCGGACAGAGGCAAGACUGCUGACUACACGUCAUUCAAACGAACAGUUAGUGACAUUGAAGUAAGUGUUUACAAAGGCGAUAUUACACAGCAAAAGGCUGAUGUUGUGGUCAAUGCAGCAAACAAGAAACUAGAACAUAUGGGAGGCGUGGCCUUCGCCAUCAGCAAGGCUGGUGGUAAGAGUAUUCAGGAAGAAUCCCGCGCAUAUGUGAGGAGGCACGGUACCUUACAUAUCGGGCAAGCUGUGCACACAGGAGCCGGUAAUAUGCCUUGUAGAUUCGUCGUUCAUACAGUGGGACCUAUGUGGGAUAAACGCGGAGACAAUGGGACAGCAAGGCUACAACUGCGGGAAGCCAUUACGAAUGUUUUGUACUACGCAUGCGACAAACUCCAAGCUAGGUCCAUCGCCAUUCCUGCCAUCAGUGCAGGAAUCUAUGGAGUACCCGUCGACGUUUCUGCUGAGCAACUCAUGCUGGCCACACAAAAGUUUGUCCGGUCUCCACCCUCCAACAACACACUUCGUCACAUCAAGUUCGUCAACAUCGAGGACAAAGUCAACCGGGUUUUCGUGCGAGUCUUUAGCGACAACCUACAGACGGUUGUUACAGAAGGUCAGUCACCUGAAGUCAGCGGUUACAAAGACUGCCCUAUAUGUUUGGAAAAAACUGAACGACCAAAAAGGCUCCAUUGUUGUGGCAAUGAGUUUUGUUCUGAUUGUAUCGAACAAGCUUUUAACUCCAAACCAGUGUGUCCCACCUGUGGUAAACAAUACGGCGCCUUGAAGGGCAGUCAGCCAAGACAGGGUAGGAUGGAAGUCCAAGAGAGUCCGGAAUCUCUUCCAGGCUACCCUGAGUGUGGACUGAUCAAGAUUCGCUACCUUAUACCGAACGGAAUUCAGGAGCAAUGUCACCCGAAUCCAGGAAGACCGUACCAGGGAACAGAUAGACUUGCCUACCUGCCCAACAACAAGGAGGGAAGAGACGUCCUAGAGCUGCUGAAGAGAGCCUUUGACAACCGACUUGUCUUCACCGUGGGGACGUCUGCGUCUACCGGAAGAAGCGACGUCGUGACCUGGAACGAUAUUCAUCAUAAAACCAGUAUUGACGGCAGCUAUGGAUACCCGGACCCUGACUACCUCAGACGGGUAAAGGAGGAGCUUGCAGCAAAAGGCAUCAGAUCAAAUCAACAUCCUAUUUACCACAUUGGCGAGGUAGAGACGAUUGACAAAACCAGUCGCCAGAAUAAAGAAGACAUCAGUAACCUGGCUGAGCCUGAUACACUAGGUCGUAGCCACACCUACACACACGAUGACGACAUAGUUGAUGAGCAAUCGAAAAGGUUUAUCAGCCUGAACCUGUAG